GCCCGCCCAAUGGGACGCACCUGACCCGACGCCGAGGAGGCGGUGCCGGGCGGCAGGCUGGGGGUCUUGGAGGGGCAGAGGGGCAUUCCAGUCCUGGGGACGCCGAGAAGCGAUGGCGUCGCCCAGCCCUGACCCCCCGUGUUCCUGCGACUGUUUUGUCUCCGUGCCCCCUGCCUCCGCCAUCCCGGCCGUGAUCUUUGCCAAGAACUCAGACCGACCCCGGGACGAGGUGCAGGAGGUGGUGUUUGUACCAGCAGGCACUCACGUCCCUGGGAGCCGGCUCCAGUGCACCUACAUCGAGGUGGAACAGGUGUCGAAGACACACGCUGUGGUUCUCAGCCGCCCCGCUUGGCUGUGGGGUGCCGAGAUGGGCGCCAAUGAGCACGGCGUCUGUAUAGGCAACGAGGCCGUGUGGACCAAGGAGCCGGUGGGCGAGGGGGAAGCCCUGCUGGGCAUGGACCUGCUCAGGCUGGCCUUAGAGCGGAGCACCUCUGCCCGGGAGGCCUGGCAGGUGAUCACGGGCUUGCUGGGACGCUACGGGCAGGGGGGCAGCUGUCGGGAGGACCCCACGCCCUUCUGCUACCACAAUACCUUCCUGCUGGCCGACCGCACGGAGGCGUGGGUGCUGGAGACGGCCGGGAGGCUGUGGGCCGCACAGAGGAUCCAGGAGGGGGCCCGUAACUUGUCCAACCAGCUGAGCAUUGGCACGGACAUCUCGGCCGAACACCCGGAGCUUCGGACCCACGCCCGGGCCCAGGGCUGGUGGGAUGGGCAGGGCGCCUUCGACUUCGCUCAGGUCUUCUCCCUGACCCAGCAGCCUGUGCGCAUGGAGGCCGCCAAGGCCCGCUUCCGGGCCGGGCAGGAGCUGCUGCGGCACCGGCAAGGGGCCCUCACGGCCCAGGCGAUGAUGGACAUCCUCAGGAACAAGGAGAGUGGUAUCUGCAUGGAUUCCGGCGGCUUCCGCACCACGGCCAGCAUGGUGUCCGUCCUGCCCCGGGAUCCCACGCAGCCCUGCGUGCACUUCCUCACUGCCACGCCUGACCCGUCCAGGUCCGUGUUCAAGCCUUUCGUCUUCGGAGUGGGGGUGGCCCCGGCCCCCCAGGUCUUAUCCCCCACUUUCGGAGCACAGGACCCUGUCCGGACCCUGCCCCGAUUCCAGACGCAGGUGGAUCGCAGGCACGCCCUCUACCGGGGACACCAGGCGGCCCUGGGGCUGAUGGAGAGUGAGCAGGGUCCAGGGCAGCAGCUGCAGCAGAAGCAGCGGGAUCUGGAGCAGGAAGGCCUGGAGGCUGUGCGGGGGCUGCUGGCCGGCGAGUGGCACCCAUCGCCCCAGGAGCUGGCUGGCCUCUUCCAGGUCUUCGUGCAGAGAGAGAGCCAGGCCUAUGGCUGAGCAUGAGCUCCUGCUGGCCUGGCGUGGGCACCCAACAACCCCCUGGGCCAACUGCCCCGAGCCUGGGCGGUGGAGUUGGGCAGAUCCCUGGCUGCUCUCUGAGCGGCCUGCUGGCCUGGGCUUUAAUAAACAUUUUAUUUCUCGGUCA